GAAAGAAAAAGGCGCGGGGACUUGCCGAGGUCAAUAACAAAGCUUUUCCGGCGCCACCAGCAAACAAGCUUUCCCGAACAAGAACCAAUUCGAUCGGCCGGGGAUCGAUGGAGCCCGAUCCGUCCAAGUCGCCGACGGGGGGAUCUUCGUCGCUCAUCUUCCUGGGCACGGGCUGCUCCGGCACGCUGCCCGACGCACGGUGCCUCCUCAAACCGUCAACGCCGCCCUGCGCCGUCUGCUCCAUGGGCAUCUCCCUCCCGCCGGAGGGGAACCCCAACUACAGGCUCAACACCUCUCUCUUGGUAGACUAUUGCCAUGACGAUGGAACACACAGGUACAUCCUAAUCGACAUCGGCAAGACAUUCAGAGAACAAGUUCUCCGGUGGUUUGUCCACCACAAAGUUCCUUAUGUUGACUCGAUCAUUCUGACUCAUGAGCAUGCAGAUGCUGUAUUAGGCCUUGACGAUGUCUGGGUGGUACAACCAAGAAAUGACCGAAACGAUGUCGAGCAAAUUCCUAUCUUCCUCACGCAAUUCACGAUGGACAGUAUCGCGAGAAGAUUCCCCUACUUGGUGGAGCAGAGGCCAGAGGAUGGCGAUGAAGAUGCCCAAGCCGCGAAAAUCGACUGGAAGAUAGUUCAGGAUGAUGUUGAGAAACCGUUUGUAGCAUCAGCGCUAGAAUUUGUGCCGUUGCCGGUAAUGCACGGAGAAGGGUAUAUUUGUUUAGGCUUCUUAUUUGGGAGGAGAGCCAGAGUUGCAUAUUUAUCUGAUGUCUCAAGAUUUCUACCUAAAACCAAGCAUGCUAUUUCGAAGUCUGGUGCUGGACAAGUUGACCUACUUAUACUAGAAGCAAACUCUUUGCAUGGAGUUGGAGAUUCUUUCAGCACCCAUUUAACUCUGAGUGAGAGUCUUGAUGCUAUCAAGAGGAUCCAUCCAAAAAGAGCUCUGUUGAUUGGAAUGAGGCAUUUUUUUGAGCAUGAGAGAGAAAACCAGAUGUUGGCAGAAUGGUCUAUCAGAGAAGAAAUACCGACACAACUGGCUCAUGACGGCCUGCGAGUCUUCAUUGACAUUUAAUAAGUGCAGAUUGCAGCAUCCCAGGGGCGGCGCCAGGGGUCUUCAUUGGUAUUCAGAUGAAUACCAAUGAUCUGUUUAUGUAUGUGUAUACUGUAGCUAUAUUUACUGUAUAUUGCUGGUAUUCAGAGCAAAAGUAAUUCAAUGAAUACCAAGGACUUGAGUCCUGUCCUGCCGCUGCUACUGCAGCAUCCAUAUAUCUUUUGCUGAUUCAGUGAAGAUCCGAUAUAGCAGUAGUUUCAGCAGUUAUUUUGUGAUCUUUUGUAUCCAAAAGACUUUAAGUUUGAUCAUGUAGAUAUUUAUAAUUAUAUACACUAUAUUCUAUUGUUCAGCAGUUAUAUUGUUCUA